AGACGUCAUCGCCUCCUGUUGGACGCGGGGGGUGUCCGGGCAGCAGUGCCGGCUUAAAGGAAAACUCUCCAAGUUCCAGGCAGCCAGGGAGAGUCGUUCCCGAGAACACAUGCACCCCGAUGCCCAGGGCGCGCGGGCACAUACCCCGGCACACGCGCGCGCACACACGCGCACACACGCGCGCACACUCGCACUCAUGAUCUAUAGCUGCGCGGGUCCAAAGUUGCGGCUGCAGGGAGGACGAGCUGAAAUGGACUGGUCUUCAUGGGCUCCCAGAGCGCUCAGCGCGGCUUUUCUCGAGACCCCCCAAUGGAGAGGAGGGAAAAAGGAAUGCCACACACCGUUUAGAGUUGUCUCCCCCUUUUCCGAGAAGAUCCGUGCGAAAUCCAGAGUGCCGGCAGUCUUUGGAAUAUGCCUGCUGAGCGGAGCAGAGGCGAGCAUCCUAGGAGAGAGAGGCCCCCAACUUGCGCCGCCGGCCUUGCUUGGCAACUUGUUUUGCGCAGUUCCCAGGGGAGCCCCGGACCCACCGUGCGCCUGGCCGGCUGGCCUCUCCCCCGCCCUUCUCUCUUUUUUAAAUGUAUGAACUUGAGUGAAGCGGAGAGCAGCUCUGCGUGUCAGCAUACUUUGGCGCAACCCGGCAAGGUGCCACCGGGAUCCCCAUGUUCAGAUGGCGAACCAAGGCUCAGAAGAGACACCAAGGAGCCAGCUGCCUCCCUUUCACACUUAAGAGCGGGAGCAAAGGACCUGCUUUGCUGACACUGAGAAGCAAGACAGACACCCAGGAGCAGAUGAGCAAUGACCCUGCAGAAAGCAACCUGGACUCCUGCAAUGCAACAGGUUUGACAGAUGAAAAAGUGAAGGCAUAUCUUUCUCUUCAUCCCCAGGUAUUAGAUGAAUUUGUAUCUGAAAGUGUUAGUGCUGAGACGGUAGAAAAAUGGCUGAAGAGGAAAAACAACAAACCAGAAGAUGAAGCGGCUCCUAAGGAAGUCAGCAGGUACCAAGAUACCAACAUGCAGGGAGUUGUGUAUGAGCUAAACAGCUACAUAGAACAGCGGCUGGAUACUGGAGGAGACAACCAGCUACUCCUCUAUGAGUUGAGUAGCAUCAUUAAAAUAGCCACAAAAGCUGACGGAUUUGCACUGUAUUUCCUUGGAGAGUGCAAUAAUAGCCUGUGCGUGUUCACUCCCCCUGGAAUCAAGGAAGGGAAACCCCGGCUCAUCCCCGUGGGGCCCAUCGCCCAGGGCACCACCACCUCCGCCUACGUGGCCAAGUCUCGGAAAACGUUGCUAGUGGAAGACAUCCUUGGGGAUGAACGAUUUCCAAGAGGCACCGGACUGGAAUCGGGGACGCGGAUCCAGUCUGUUCUCUGUUUGCCAAUCGUCACUGCGAUUGGCGAUCUGGUCGGCAUCCUGGAGCUGUACCGCUACUGGGGCAAAGAGACCUUCUGCCUGACUCAUCAGGAGGUGGCAACAGCAAACCUCGCCUGGGCGUCAGUGGCAAUUCAUCAGGUGCAGGUAUGCAGAGGCCUUGCCAAACAGACUGAAUUGAACGACUUUCUGCUCGAUGUGUCAAAAACGUACUUUGAUAACAUAGUCGCCAUAGAUUCUCUACUUGAACACAUAAUGAUAUAUGCAAAAAACCUGGUGAACGCAGACCGUUGUGCGCUUUUCCAGGUGGACCAUAAGAACAAGGAGCUGUACUCGGACCUCUUUGAUAUUGGAGAGGAGAAGGAAGGAAAGCCCAUCUUCAAGAAGACCAAAGAGAUCAGAUUUUCAAUUGAGAAAGGAAUUGCUGGUCAAGUAGCAAGAACAGGGGAAGUCCUGAACAUUCCAGAUGCCUAUGCGGACCCACGCUUUAACAGGGAGGUGGACCUGUACACGGGCUACACCACGCGCAACAUCCUGUGCAUGCCCAUCGUGAGCCGGGGCAGCGUGAUCGGGGUGGUGCAGAUGGUGAACAAGAUCAGCGGCAGCGCCUUCUCCAAGACGGACGAGAACAACUUCAAGAUGUUCGCCGUCUUCUGCGCGCUCGCCUUGCACUGCGCCAAUAUGUACCACAGGAUCCGCCACUCGGAGUACAUUUACCGCGUGACCAUGGAGAAGCUGUCCUACCACAGCGUGUGCACGGCCGAGGAGUGGGAGGGCCUCAUGCGCUUCAGCCUCCCUGCGCGGCUCUGCAAGGACAUCGAGCUAUUCCACUUUGACAUCGGUCCUUUUGAAAACAUGUGGCCUGGGAUUUUUGUCUACAUGGUCCAUCAGUCCUGUGGGACGUCCUGCUUUGACCUUGAGAAGUUGUGUCGCUUUAUUAUGUCUGUGAAGAAAAACUACAGGCGUGUUCCCUACCACAACUGGAAGCACGCGGUGACCGUGGCGCACUGCAUGUACGCCAUUCUGCAGAACAACCGCGGGCUCUUCACCGACCUGGAGCGCAAAGGGCUGCUGAUCGCGUGUCUGUGUCACGACCUGGACCACCGGGGCUUCAGUAACAGCUACCUGCAGAAGUUCGACCACCCUCUGGCCGCCCUCUACUCCACGUCCACGAUGGAGCAGCACCAUUUCUCCCAGACGGUGUCCAUCCUGCAGCUGGAAGGGCACAAUAUCUUCUCCACCCUGAGCUCCAGCGAGUACGAGCACGUGCUGGAGAUCAUCCGCAAGGCCAUCAUCGCCACGGACCUGGCUCUGUACUUCGGAAACAGGAAGCAGCUGGAGGAGAUGUACCAGAGCGGCUCGCUGAACCUCAACAAUCAGUCCCAUAGAGACCGUGUCAUUGGCUUGAUGAUGACCGCCUGUGACCUCUGUUCUGUGACCAAGCUCUGGCCAGUUACCAAACUGACGGCAAACGACAUAUACGCAGAAUUCUGGGCUGAGGGCGAUGAGAUGAAGAAACUGGGAAUCCAGCCGAUUCCUAUGAUGGACAGAGACAAGAAGGACGAAGUCCCCGAGGGCCAGCUGGGCUUCUACAACGCAGUGGCCAUCCCCUGCUACACUACCCUCACCCAGAUCUUCCCGCCCACGGAGCCGCUCCUCAAAGCCUGCAGGAACAACCUCAGCCAGUGGGAGAAGGUGAUCCGAGGGGAGGAGAGCGCCGUCUGGAUCUCGUCCCAGCCGGCGGCCCCAGGCACCUCGGAGAAGCUGCCCGUGAAGAUUGGGGACUGACGGCCGCCGGUGAGCUGUCCCGCCCGCACAUCGUCUCCUUCCUUUGACUUUUCUUCCCUUUAUUUUUGUGGGGGAACCUACACCUGUUCACUGGGGUGCGAGCCUCUUCAGAAGGUAACAUCACGUAAUUAUGUCAGACAGACGCCUCCCUGCCCGUCUCACUGGAAAGGCGGCCCAGCCCGGACCGAGCAGGACCCCCGUGGCCCGAAAUCCUCUGUCCACGUGACUGCAUUUGACUUGCGAACCGGCCUUUUCUAAUGGGCUAAUGUGGCUGAGGCCCCAAUGCAAACGGACAGCGUUAUUCAGAAGGGGGUACUGUUCCAUUGUAUCUUUGUAGUGAAGGUUUAAAAUGGUACUAUUAUGACAUUGUACUUUGGCUUGGACACCGAUGUUGCUUUGAUGUUGUUGGUUAUAAAUAGGAGUUUCUGCACAUUGCUAUGCGAAUGUCCAUGUGUGACCUACUUGUAAUUAGCGUGACUUGUAGCCGCAGACAGCCUCAGGUUAGCGCAAACGAAGUGUCUUUCUGCAAUCAGUGAUAGAAAAUAGUUUCCUGUUUCAGAGCUUCCUGGAUUAAAAGUUAGGGGGUCUCAAGUGUGUUCUCUCUGAUCGCACUAAAGGGCUCAGACAAGCACAGAUGACGGAAAGGAAGGACGUGGAUUCUGUCCCCCCGAGAAGAGCUGCAGGUGCACAUCAUGCUAAAUAAACCUCAGUCCAAGUAUCAAUUCAGAAGAUGUCAGCGGAUAUUUAAUUUUUUUUUCAUUGCAGUCUUGGCAAAUUAAUAAACAUUUUGCAUAAAGAACAAAAUAAAAGCAAGGCAUA